UCUGACUUACGCUCUUUGAUACCAUGCCUGCUACUCAUGUCACUGUAUAUGGUCAAGACAUUCAGAGAAAUGGAUAGUGGUACCGUCGAUGUCCUUAAUUGAGGCCAAAUGCAGAGAUAUGUCCUUGAGCAAGGUCAAAUGCAGAGCCAAGUCUUUAAGCGAGGUCAAAUGCAGAGCAAUGUCCUUAAGCGACGUCAAAUGCAGAGCGACGAAUUGACCAGACAAUUUAACUCUAUAACUAAACCCAGCCUUGCUGGGGCAACAAAGGCAUCGCUGUUGAAGCGAAAUAAGACAGGGCCAAAUCAGCUUUCGUAUAGAGAAAGCAAUGUAUCUACAAAACAUGUCUUGUCCGAAGACAUUGGAGGUACUACUGAAUUGAAGAGACUGCAAACUCCAAUCAACUUAUUUGAAGAUGAAUGCAUUUUCUGCCAUUCGUUUAGAACGGAUGAGGAGAUUCAUGGUCCGAUGGUAUGUUAUCUAAAGGGAAGACUUGUGUUCAUUGAAGAGGGCAACUUAUCAAAGGUCAUCUACGUCCAUAAGAAAUGCCUGAUGUGGGCUCCUGAAGUAUGCUGGGACUUUGAGUCUAACAUUGUUGAGAACUUGGAGUCAGAAAUUAGGCGUGCUUCAAGACUGAGAUGUGCAAGAUGUGGACUCCAGGGAGCAGCCCUUGGUUGUUAUUAUAAACAUUGCAGAAAGAGUUUUCACAUUCCAUGUGCAGUUCAGAUAAUUGAUUGCCGCUGGGAUGUUGAUAAACGUAAUGUGCUGUGCCCUAAACAUGUUUCAAAGACACUACCAUGUGAUAAGCUGAGUACACAUACAAAGGAGAAUGACCAUUCUUCUUCCUUGCGUCAAAGCCAAUGUUCACAAGAAGAUUAUCCUUUCACUGAUUUCGAAGAGGAAGGCCAACAAUCUGAUCAGCUUAAAACCACAUGUUCAUUCUUGCCUGUGGGCCAAUGUACAGACAAGGAAGGGAAAAUUGAUGAUCAUCAUAGGGAAAAACAACAAACAGAUCAGCUUAACACUUCAAAUGUGCCUCAGAGCACAUAUAUAGACAAGGAAGCUGACAAUCAUCAAAGGAAAAAUCAACAAACAGAUCAUUUUAACAUUUUGAAUCCUUCCUGCUUGCCUCAGAAACAAAGUUCUCAAAAAGAAGGAACUUCCACCAAUAGCUCAAGGGAUGGCCAACAAAUAGAUCAGCUUGACAGCUCAGGUUCCUCUUCCUUGCAAUUGGGUCAGCAUUCAGACGAGGAAGGAAUUUCUAAGAAUCAUGAAAGGGAUGAUCAACAAACGCAUAAGCGUAACACCUCAAAUUUUCCCUCCUUGCCUAAGAGCUGUCAUCCAGAUGAAGAAGGAAUUUCCAAUGUUUACAAAAGGGAAGAAAUAAAAGCAUAUCGGGCUGACACAUCAAGCUGCCCUUCUGAUCAGAUGGUUUUGCUUGGUUUGUCUUUAAGCGCGUCAGAGAAGGAUUCCUUGCAGGAGUUUGUACGUUGGUCCAACGGGAAGCUGACGAAAGAGUGGGACAAAAAUGUGACUCAUGUCAUUGUGGGCAAAGGUCCUGGUAGCUCAUGGAACAGAUCAUUUGAAGUCCUCAUGGCAGUACUGCUGGGGAAAUGGGUUAUCCAUUUUGAAUGGAUCAUGGACUGCUCCUCAGAGAUGCGUCCACGUCCAGAAGCUUCUUAUGAGGUAACAUCCAGCAUGGAUUCACUCAAAACAAUGGACGGACCGAAGAAGGGAAGAAUCCGAGCAGCCACAGGGGCACCGAAUCUGUUCUCGGGACUGCACUUCUGCCUCAGCGCCUACAUGAACCCUGACGGCAGGCACCGCGUGCGAGACCUCAUCGCAGCCGCCGGAGGGAAGGUCCUGGAGGGAGGAUUUCUGGACCCGCCACUCGAAUGCUUUGACGGCUCUUCUUCGGUGAAGCCGUACUUCGUCUUCGACGGCGACGUUCCCGGAGAAUUUGCCCUGGGCACGCUGCUGAAGGAGGUGGAGGAGGCGAGGAAGCACGCGGCUGCGGGCGCGCGGGUGAUCAGCCACCAGAGGGUGCUGGAUGCCGUCGCGGCAUACGACGCCGAGAUCCUCAACCGCUGAACGAGGAGAAGAAUGGCUUCGCGUCGUCGUGAAUGACUGAAUGUGCGCGCGAGUCGGGGGAAGUCUUCGGCGAUUGCAAAAAUUAGAGUACCCUUUUGUUCUGCGGGAGACGACGAAGGCUGGUCGAUGAGUAUAUUGAUCGGUCCAUAUGGACUCUCUCAGGUCAAGUCAGUACGCUUCAGAAAAUGUGAGUUCGGGUGUUGCUCGUACU